AUGGCGACUACGCGUCGUGCGCCGCCGCUCGAGAUCUACCGGGAUCCAACAACCUCCUUCGACCACCACGAAGUCGCCGAGGCUGAAGCAGCACUUCUAUCCGCCCUCCGACCUGACGCGAACGUGUCGUCUGAGCAGCACACUCUCCUAGAUCCUCCGGCGUUCGAGCAGAACGGGCACUCGCCGCUGAAGACGUCCCGGCAAUCCAGCUCUCCCCCACCACAUAUACUUGCCGAAAGCAGAAGCAACCUCAACUCGAUAUCAAUUCCCCCACCCCAGCAAUACAAAUUCACGGACGCGUUGCAAAAGAAGCAAACCGUUCACGUGGAGCCCGCAACGACCACCCAGAAGCCGCGAGACGCGAUCUAUAGCACAUUCCCCUCCUUCGAGAAGCUCGACAAGGAAAACGCGUACAACCCGACUGGCUACGCCAAAUCAGUCAUCCAGAACUCGGAUCCCAUCUAUGGGUACAAAUCCUCUAUGAAGCGCACGCUGAUGGACGCAGCUCCUCUGGGAGAUCGGACGAACAAGAAAUCGAAAAUCUAUGCGGAGCCUGAAACUCAACCACUACCUGAUCCGGCUCAGAUGCCACCCAUUGACGACGAUGGGUCGAAGCCGCCAUACAGCUAUGCCGUCCUCAUUGGCAUGGCAAUCCUGCGAGCGCCAAACCGUCGUUUGACCCUGGCGCAGAUCUACAAGUGGAUUUCUGAGACAUUCAAGCACUAUCGCGCUUCCGAUACAGGCUGGCAGAACAGCAUUCGGCACAAUCUUAGCUUGAACAAGGCCUUCGUUAAGCAGGAGCGACCAAAGGACGAUCCAGGCAAGGGCAACUACUGGGCCAUCGAGCAAGGCAUGGAGCGCCAGUUCCUCAAAGAUAAGCCAACCAGACGGACAACCAACCCGGAAAGUGCACCUUUCAUCCACGGCAUGUACGGCGAUUUGACUAGACCGUCGACCGCGCCCUCCGUAGGCGCCUUCCCUCCUCGAUCUAGCGAUGUCAAGAACCUUGACUCCAGCAAAUUUCCGGACGAGACCGAGUUAUCUUCUGAUGCAACGAUCCCAGCUUCCGAUCCGGCCAUCCACGAGGGUCAAGACGUGGAUAACAGCAUGCCACCGCCCUCAUCACGUGCCAUAGACUCGUCACCACCGCCUGCCGACAUCCAUUCAUCUCCUCCACCGCCUAUCUCUCGUCCUGUGUCACGCCAGCAGCGGGAAGGGACUCCUGCGCGAGCAUCUCGACACAAGCCGACCAGCCGCUCGGGAGGUGGCCGUAGACGCAGAUUCUCCGUUUUGGGAGACAGUGGAUUCUACUCAUCCAUCGAGUCAUCUGCAAUUAAGGGCCAUCCAGCAGGCCCUCUCACAUCCGAGGCGGACAUAGAUCGUCAAGUCAUAAAGCAUGGCCGUGCUGAGGAAGAGAUUGCACGCAUCAGAAGUUCAUCGUAUGACAGUCCGACCAAAGGUCGACUUCAUCUGAAGCAGCCGAGCGUGCACUUUCCUUCCUCCCCUUUCCAUCCCUUCGAGGGCAGUGGCGCCAGCAAAGAACCCCUCACCCCAGCCAUCGUUUUCAAGCGACCGGCCAAGCCACCCGCAUCCGUCUCACCAAACACCAAUCUCCGCAACCAUCGCAACCGCAUCCGCGAGCUGCUCGGCUCGCCCGACAAAUCCCUCAGCGUGCUCCACGAAGAGCACACCUGGAGCCCCUCGCUCCCCCUUCCCAACGGCGAGGCCUUCAACCUCCACGAAGACGGUUUCGUCACCAACUUCGACGUCUUCGCCGACAGCACAUUCAACACACCCGCCUCCCCCUUCCCUCGCAGCUCGCCACGCAAGCACUCCGCCAAACGCCCCUGCCUCACCCGCGCCAGCACAACCGCAAACAUCCUGCAAGACAUCACCGGCGCCUCCCGCAACGCCAUCAACAUGCCGCCGCCGUCCUCAACCGCACCGUCUCUCAAGCCCUUCCUCAAGUCCCCCGCCCACUUCGGUUCGCCGAGCAAAGCCGCGGCGCCGACGUCGCAGCCGCUGAACCUGGGUCCGCCGCCUACGGCCCUCGAGCUCUGGGAUGGCCAGGGCGCUGAGGAUGAGAAUGGGGCGUUUUUCGGGCUGGAUCUGAUUCAUAGCGAUGAGUCGGAGCCGGGAUUCGACAUGCUGCAGGGCUUCCAGCGCAUUGGCGCGCAGCCGCGUGCUGGAGGCAGGGGUGAUGGGUCGCCGUUGAAGCGGGCGGGGAGGCCAGGACUGGGGAGGAGCUCGACGAGUUUGUUCUGA